AUGAGGAAGGGAAAGAAAGAACAGUUGAUAAUAGGGGAUUUGAAUGCCCAUGUAGAAGGCUGAUGAUCAGAAAAGACUAACGAGAACGGGUACAGAGUAAAAAGACUCUGCAAAGAAUGAGGGUUAGAAUUGCUAAAAUUGGACGAGCCCACGCAUCUACACUCCAGUGGAUCGACGUUUUGUCUAGACUACUGCGCUGUUGACUGAGGCGUAAUCGGGAGAGUUAUAGACAUCGGAUGCAGCAAAAACAACCCAAUAGGAUCAGACCACCUGCCUAUAACCCUUAAAUUAUGAGAAAGAUGAGAAGAAGAAAGAAUGCAAAUUGCCCGAAAACUCAGGAUAGACAGACUGCGAAGCCCAGUGUACCUUAAAGUUUUCCAGGAUGAUGUAAACUAUGAUUUGGAGAGGCUAGAUUUGAAGGAGAGCUCUAGCAAGCUCUACGCAGAAAUAAAUAGAAUAGUCCUAAAUUCUGCUGAGCGAGUACUGGGUAUCAAGGAUGGAAAGAAGAGCUCAUUAGGUAGAGCGGCUUUAAUCUUACUUAGGGAGGCGCGUAGAUAUAGGUGGAAAGCCUUAAAAGCACUAAAACCAAAACCUAACAAGUACAAGGAACUGAUGGUGAAGCACAAAUUGAAAAUGAAAGAAUUUAAAAUAGAAAAGAAAAGACAUGAAAGAAUGACAAAGAGGGAGAGUGGAAUUGAAAACGCAAUCCUGGAUGCUAGGGGUAUGUGAGAUCUCUACAACAAGGUUAAUAGGAUGAAAAUAACUGGUUAUAUAAAAUUCAGUGGCAAAGAAGAAGAGGAUUUGGUGGACUGAUGGCAGGCUCAAUACUCCGAUCUAGUGAUUGACUUAAAAAUACUUGAAGAAAGCUCAAAACCUCCUACUCUAAAUGAAGUAGAGCAGGCAAUAAAGGAAUUAAGAAGCAAAAAGGCAACAGGGCCGGACGGGAUACCAGCUGAACUGAUCAAAUCAGGAGGAGAGAAGCUAUGGGAAAUAUAUUGAAGACUGAUGACGAAGAUCUGAGAAGAUAGGGAACUACCUAAUGGGAUGAAAAUGGCUCUUGUUGUGAUCCUACCAAAGAGAACUGGCUCCAAAAAACCUGAGGACUAUAGGCCUAUAACUCUUCUAAAUACAGCCUACAAAAUAUUGGAUAGAAUCAUAGCAACGAGACUGACAAUAGAAAUACAAAGUAAAAGGAUCAUGCACUUGUCACAAGCAGGGUUCAUGCAACACAAAGCGACAACCGAUCAGAUUUUCAAGUUGGAAACCUUGAUAGAAUAUUGCUUGCAUGAAAAUAAAAAGAUUAAGAUUAAGAUUAAGAUUAGCCGUUCGCACUUGCAGGGCCAGGGAUUUGCACCCCUACACGCUCAUCGCCUAUGGUGAGGCUUCGGCGGACACCCUCCUCAUUGCCUCAAACGAGGGAUUCGCACAUACGUGGGUUGUCUUUCCGAAAAUCCUUAAAAAAUGGAUUUUCUGGUCGACUGUCGGUAGAAGGUGGAACUCGAAAGCCUGGGACGUAACGCCCAGUUUCACGCUAGGGAGUUGCCCGAUUGGUCCUGAGGACUCUGCUGGGCUUCCCCUUUCCAACUUCCGUGCUCGUCUUCCCCACGAGGAAAAAACCACCUCUGAAUUUAGACUUGGGCUAGGCUCUGAACACAACCAGAAUUGCUUACCUAGCAUUGCUGUCCAUUUCUGAAGUAGUAAAACCUUACCGGAUAUAAAUAAAAUAUAAGUCGAGUAUGCAUGGCCGGGAGGCCAUGCCCAGACGAAGACGCCCAUAUUUUAUUUAUAUGGAAAAUAAAAAGAUAAGAUGUGUUUUUUUGGACAUAAGCAAAGCAUUUGAUUCAAUAAGACAUAGAGAUCUGUAUGAAACCAUGAUGAAAAGAGAUAUAUCAUCAGAUACACUACUCAUGCUGAAGGCGAUGUAUAAGGAGUGCAGUAGCAAGAUCAUUAUGGAUGAGCACCUUUCUAAACCUGUUCGAAUAUGCAAAGGAGUCAGACAAGGUGGAAGCUCUUCUCCUAUAUGUUUUAACUUCGUCCCAAAUGAGCUAGCCUGAAGGAUCGACGAAAUGAAUAUAGGAAUUAACAUAGGAGAUUCACAACAGAAAAGAUUAGGAAUACUCCUUUACGCGGACGAUAUAGUUUUGAUAGCACAUAGUAGAAAAGAUCUACAGACCCUAUGUAAUGCAUGCGAACAAUGAGCUGAAAGUUAUUCUCUUAGGAUCAACUACGAAAAAUCAGUAGCAGUGGACUACUCCAGAAAAGCUAAAGAGUUGAAGAUUAUGAUUGGGGGGAAGCUGCUGAAGCAAGAAGCUGAGUUUAAAUAUCUUGGUAAAAUGAUAGGCACAAAGAAAUGUCAACGGAGCGACUCAAAAAGGACACUUGAAAAAGCAUAUGCGGCAUGCAGAUUCACUAAAGCUAUACUAUCCAUGAUGAGGAAUAGUAAAAUUUCAAAAAAAGCAGUCAUAGCUAAAGCGUGCAUAGACACAGUAGCACUAUACUCUAAAGAAUGCAGUCAAGUAGGAUGGAAGACGGCUGAGAUGCUAAAAGUAGAAAAAGCCAGAAUGGCGAUAGCAAGAUACAUACUUAAAGGUCCACAAGGGAUUGCAAGAGAGACUUCUAUGCUGGACUUAGGAUGGCUAAGCCUGGAACACCUGACAAAAAAGCGCACACUGAUGUUCAAGAAAAAGAUGCUAGACUCCAAAGAUUUACUGACAAUGAAGCUCCGAGAGAUCAACGAGAUAUGCAGUCUGCCUUGAGAGAAUAGAUGCAAAGAAUUCAUGAAAGAACUGGGGCUUGAACUAUACAAUGACCGCAUUAUCGAACGGACUGGAUUAAAAGAUUGAAAAGAGCUAAUAGAUAGGGCAGCCAGCGAGAGCAAUUUAAGAGAAGCAAUGAGACGACUUAAGGAGGAAACAUAUAGGACAACGGAGAUAUACAAUUGAGCAAGGAGAGGCACAAAGCAGACAUAUAUGUCUACAUAUGUAAUGGUAAAUUCAGAUAUGCACUCUGCGAUUGGAACCAUUUUCAGGCUUAGGGCUGGAUUUAAUAACUGCAAGGGUAAUGCGUUUAUAAGGCAUCUAGCUGACAACCCAGCAUGUUGUGAGUGUGAAGUCACUGAAACGGAGGAGCACAUGUUGACGCAAUGUCCUCGAUAUGGUAAAAUGAGAGAAAAACUAAAAAGGAACUGGAAAUUGGGGAAAGAGAGCUGGCAAGUAUUGGGCUAUUGGGCGUUUGCUAUACAGCGAAGAAUUUGAAGCAGUUAUCAGGCACUGAAGAAAAACUGGAGAUAA